GCCUGGGGCCGGGCUGCUGCAGCUGUGUUGGUUCCCUGUUUCCAUCCCCAGCCUCAGCCCGCCCAGGAGUCCGUCUGGCCAUGGACGCGGUGACUGUGUAUCAUGGCAAAAUCAGCAGGGAGACUGGGGAGAAGCUCCUGCUUGCCACGGGGCUGGAUGGCAGCUAUCUGCUGAGGGACAGCGAGAGCGUCCCAGGCGUGUACUGCCUGUGUGUCCUGUAUCAAGGUUACAUUUAUACAUACCGAGUGUCCCAGACAGAAACAGGUUCUUGGAGUGCUGAGACAGCACCUGGGGUACAUAAAAGGUUUUUCCGGAAAAUAAAAAAUCUCAUUUCAGCGUUUCAAAAGCCAGAUCAAGGCAUUGUAAUACCUCUGCAGUAUCCUGUUGAGAAGAAGUCCUCAGCUAGAAGUACACAAGGUACUACAGGGACAAGAGAAGAUCAUGAUGCCCGCCUGAAAGCACCAUGAAGAAAAGGAAUACACCUUGUAUUUUAUUUUCAAUAAUUUAAAUAUAUGCUAAGUUUUGUAUAGUAUAGAUAAUCCAGUCAGUGAACCAUAAAUGCAUUUCUGAAACCAUCGUAGUCCCGUAAUAGAAGCAUCUAGCGUGAUGUCAGAGCUGAAAUGGACUUUGUAGACAAUGAGCAGCUUUGAAAUGAGGAUGGGGAAAAAAAAUCAUUCCAUAGGUCAUUUGGGGUUAUUAUAUUUACACAUGGUAAACAAUUUAAAGCAUAAUGAAUACUUUAUAAAAGAUGAAUGUGAAUUCUUGCCAAACAUGAAUAAAAAUAAUAUUCAUUUUUUUU